AUGUCAGACGAGGUCUCCAACUUCCUGCGAUCAGUAGAGCAAUUGAACCACGGACGACACGAGGAGGACGACGCCCGCUCCAGGGAGCUUGAAGAGAAGCUGCUGCAGCAGAGAAAGGAGCGCCAGGCUCGCCGCGAAGAGCGUGCCCGAUCCAUAUCCCCGCAAAAGUCAUCACCAGCCAACACCCCACCGCCGUCAGCGCGCCACAGAGACUCGACACCUCAGCCGGCGGACCCGUCGUCUCCCAUCCCAGACCUCUCUGCCAGGCUACAGAGCCAGAUUGGCGCUCCUCCGCCAUCAUCAUCUGCUGACCCAAUGGACCUGCCCUCACCACGUGCCGUCUCUCCUACAAAGGAGACGGUUCUCGACCUCGAGCCCAACCGACUCAGUGCAUCAUACACCUCCCCACCAUCUAGUGGCGUGCCGACCAGGACACCUACUCUGUCCUGGCAGCGAAGACCUCCGUCCCAAGGUCCAGAUCGCCCCAGGUCGAGGCCGCUGUCCAUGGUUGCGGCGGAGAACGCCGCCGCACGAACAAGCACUCCUCCUGCAGAUGCGGCCUCUCCUACCCAAACGCCCUCUCGUGACCAGAUCUCACAGGCUUUGGCUUCCAAAGACCCUGCGUGGUUCCGUCAGACUGCUGACCGAGGUGCGACCUCUGCUGCAUAUCGAAAGAACCAGGUCGAAGACGACGACACUGUAGACGUAGCCGCUUCCCGCUCUCAACUGCCUGGCAUGUCGCAGGCCAACUCUCCCCAGCCCGACAAGGAGCCAGCCCGAGAGCGCCCACUCUCACAAGCUAGCCUGGGCAGGCUUGGUUCUCCAUUGCUGACAACUGAUGCGGUGAAGCUGGGCCCUCCUGCAGAUAUCCAGGCAGGCAGGGAUGGGACCUCGUCAGGCCAGACCUCGCCAACGCGACCAGCAUCCCCAACAAAAGGAAUGGGCGGCUUCGUCCAGAGUGCUAUGAUGAAGCGUACGGACAGCGUCAAGAGAUGGAGCGUCACGACCCCGGGUCUCCAGCGUGGGAACUCUUCGAACCGCAAUAGUCUUGACGGUAAGACCCUCGCCACGAGCCCAGGUCCAGAGGCUCUCUCGCGACCUGUCAGCAGAUCUAGGGACAGCGUUUCACGGCCGACAUCAAGCCAUGGCAAGGACCUGGCCUCUACGACGUCUGGCGCAACGUCCCCCGAGGACGACGCGCCCGCGCCAUCCAAGCUCGAGCCUCCUGUUGACGACACACCCCCAACGAGCCCCUCGAAGACCAUGGACCCAAGGCGGUGGAGUCCAACGAAGGGCUCCUGGCUCGAUGCCGCUCUGAACAAGCCCGAGUCACCAAAACCCAAGCCCGCAGCCCCCCCGAGCAACCAGCCCGCCUGGAUGGUGGAAUUAAACAGGGCGAAAGCGGAGAAGGCCAAGAAUUCUAGCGUCGACCUUGGCAGAUCUGGCACCACUGUCAAGAAGCAUGAGGUGAAGACCGGCGGUCUCGUACGGCCGGCGCCGCCUGGCACAGCUGUCAAGCCCCCAGGCCUCACCGGUCUACCCUCACCAAACCUCGGGGGAGACAAGCCCUUGACUCCAGGUCUUCGCACUAGUAUGUCGAGGCGUGAUAGUAACACGAGGGUCAGUCCUGCUAGCGACAAGGCUGGGUCCGGAGCAGAGGACCUGGGUCGACGAGGCUCCGUCAUCAGCCCUGUUGCCAAGGACAAACCUGAGGCCUCACCGCAGAUGGACUUCCGGGCUGGUCUACGGCCCAGAGGCUUCACGGUGGGCAAAGAUGUCGAAAAGGAACCCGACAAGGCCGGGUCACGGCCUAGAGGUGCCACUGUUGGCAGAGAUAGCGACAAGGAGCCGGUCAAUGAACUGGCAAAUGUUUUUGGUCAGCUGCGGAAAACGAAGACACAGAAUUACCGCGCUCCGGAUGUCUUGAAAGACAACAUCACGAGGGGCAAGGCUGCCCUGAAUGUGACUGGUGGGCCGCGACCUUACGAAAAGAAGGACGAAUUCAAGGACGCGAUUUUGAAGAAGAAAGCAGAUUUUCAGCAGGCCAAAGAGCAGGGCCAGGGUAUCAAGACCAACGACAAGCCACCAGAGGAGAAGCCCCUCCCAGAAGGACUGGCCAGACGAGCCACAAUCACACGUUCUGGCUCUACUCCGUUCGUAUCUCACUCACGGGACACCUCAGCUGCCAAGUCUCCGAUUGAGGCGCCUGCGAAACCAUUUGAGUCGACGAGAUCAAGUGUGAUCUCAGUGACUUCGCCUCGGGAGAGCAAUGUCGACGCAGCCCCAGCCAAGGCCGAGAACAAGGACGAAACGCCGUCACCAAGCAAGCCGGAGGUAAGCACACCUGGUCGACUCCAGAACAAAUUCGGUGACAGUGGCAAUUCCCUAGCGAAUCGAUUCAACCCUGCCUUAGCCGGAUUGCUAGCUCGCGGACCCCCCGGUAUGGGCGGCCCGGGAGCCAAACCUCCUGGUGCUUCUGGUGCUUCUUCAAGUGCGGGCGGCUCUACUGGGACCGAGCCGGGCCCUGGGCCCAAGCUGGAGCAUAUGACCAAGGGUCGGGCCCGUGGGCCACGGAGAAAAGCCCCAACCUCGGCGAGCAGACCAGUCGGAACUGCUGAAUCGGAAGCGGUGAAUACGCCCGCGCCAGCAGAUAAGAAAGACACACCUGCCAAGCCAGAGGCGGUAGCUGUCCCGGAAGAAGCAGCCACCCCAGAGGCGGCACCCGUUCCAGAGGCGGCACCUGUUCCGGAGGCGGCACCUGUUCCGGAGGCGGCACCUGUUCCGGAGGCGAUGGCCAGACCAAAGACCCCAGAGGCAGCUGCCGUUCCGGAGAUACCUCCCCAGAGCAAAGAGCCUCUGGAGAAGGAGGAAAAGGCUGCGAGUCCGGUGCAGCCUUCGCCAGUACAGGGACCGAAAGUUGACACAACGUCGCCAAAGUUUUCUGUCAAAUCUCCCGUCGUGUCGCCUAUUCAACGUCACAAUGGCACAGCAGCAAACGAAAACACGCGUAACAGCGGCGUGAUAUCCCUGGUUGAUUCAUCAAAGAAGAGAUUUGCCGAGCAGAGACCGAUGUCUGCAGGAACGAGAAUCGCAUUGGUAGACUCAUCGCAGCCACGGACCUCCAGUCCCGCUUCUCCUAAGAGAAUUCACGAGCAGGUCUCUGCCUUUUCUCCAAAACCACAGGUAAACGAGGAGAAGAAGGACGAUGUCCAGCCCUCGUCUCCAAGGAAACUAGAUAUGAAGAGAAUGUCCAGAUUCCUGGAUGAGUCGGGGCCGCCGUCACCCAAGACUGAGCCGGAACCGGCCAGGUCGCCUUCCCCACUGAAGAGGACCUUUGGGACACCAUCAUCACCGCGAAAGCUACCUUCGGAGCCCGAGAAGCGCGAAACCCAACCAGCUGCCCCGACGACCAAUGAGGCACCUGUAGUUGGUGAACCUGUCACCCCGAAGAAGUCGCAAGCCCAGGCCGAGAAGCCCUUACCGGAGCCUUUGACUUUGCGUCCUAGAUCACCUACCAAGACUCAAGCAACGCGAGAUGCUCCCGCAGCUUCAAGCACGUCGGCUCAUGCCUCUCCCUUGGGAACACCCACAAGAUCUCCAUCGAAGAGCGCGGGAGAUGUGUCUGCCAUGAUCAACGGUUUCUUCGGUCACGGGCGGCCGAAACGGGACUACCGUGUUGAUGCCGCCGAGCUCUUGAUGAAUCGGCCUAAAGGGGGCUCAAGGGUGCAAACCCACAAAACAGAGCUCUUCCAAGUCACGGAGCAGGGCAAAAAGAUCCCUGUGCCAACCCAUCACGAGCGCGUACUGUUUGAACGCGAGAUGUACAUCUGUUCGCACACUUUCACCAACGAGGCACGGAAGAGGAUAUCAGAAGUGUACUUCUGGGCUGGUGACGAGGUUGCCCCAUCUGCCGUAGAGGAUGCCCAGGUAUUUGUGAACAGGGAAGCACGAUCUAUGGGCGGCACCUUGAUCAAAAUGCGUCAGGGAAAGGAGACGGCCGAAUUUAUCCAAGCCCUCGGCGGUAUUGCCAUCGUCCGGCGCGGCUCGAGCAACAAGUAUGACUCGCUCGCGUCCAACAUACUCUGUGGCCGGCAGUACAUGGGCCAGAUCGUCUUUGACGAGGUCGACUUCUCUUCGUCCAUACUUUGCUCUGGGUUCCCUUAUCUUAUCACGCAGCAAGGGAAGUGUUACCUGUGGAAAGGAAAGGGGGCUGGUGUCGACGAGCUGAGCUGCGCAAGGCUGAUAGGGAUGGACCUUGCGCUGAUGGGCGAGCUCAUCGAGAUGGAGGAGGGGCAAGAGCCAGAAAACUUCUGGGACUUUUUCGGUGGCGACAGAAGAGCGACAUUGAGCUCUGCGGAUCACUGGAGGCUGAAGCCGAGUUACGAGAAGUACUGCUCAAGGUUGUUCUGCUCGGAUUCAGCCGCUCAAAAUCAGGUCGUCGAGGUCAACCCCUUCAGCCAGAUGGACCUGUCCCCGGACAGAAUCUAUGUCCUCGACGCCUUCUUCGAGAUGUACGUCAUAGUUGGGCGUUAUACACAAGCUCAGUAUGGUUCCUUCCGCAACGCCCUGGACUUUGCUCAGGAGUACGCCAUACUUGCCGCCGGCAUGGAGGACAGGCCAUUUGUGCCGGUUUCCACCGUCGUAAUGGAGGGCAUACCACGGGAUCUGAGGAGCUGCUUCCGGAAGUGGAAAGACGAUUUGAGCCCGACCAAGAUGCCGACACCAUCGUCUGGUGGUGGAGUCACGAGCAGACAACAUUCGCCUCUGAAGAGGAUGAGGAGUCUGAAGGUCGUGCCGCUGGUGCAAGCGUUGCAGGUGUUGGGCAACUCGGAAUAG